AUGCGCACCUCUCUUCUUUCCAUACCGGCCUUCGUGGCAUACACCGGUGGCCUCGUCGUAGCUGCCGAUGUAUCGGCCCUCUCCUUCUAUCUGAAGGCCGCCUCGGCGAACAUCUUCCCCGGUCUUAAAGCGAUUGCAGUAGACGUCUGGAAGAACCCCGAGAUCGGACUCGACGAACACCAUGCGCACGACCUUGUCGUCGAUUACUUUACCAAGGUCCGGCCGGGCAAAUGGGAGGUAACGCCUCAUGCUUUUGGCAUGCCAACGGCUUGGAAGCUGGAGUUCGAGUUCCGCACACCCGCCACGCCACCUAACGAGAAGCUACCCGUCAUCGGCUUUAUGGCCGAGUAUGACGCCCUCGUCGGGAUUGGCCACGCAUGCGGCCAUAACCAGAUCUUGCUCAACGGUUUGGCAGCCGCGAGCAUGGCGCGGGAGGCUCUCAUCAACCUCAAGAUCCCCGCCCGUCUCGUAGUCAUCGGGACCCCUGACGAAGAGAACGGAGCGGGGAAGUGUCAACUGCAGAAAGCAAAUGCGUUUGAUGAGGCGGAUGUUUGGUUCAUGGCACAUCCCACAAAUUCCAACGCGGUGCAACCUAUGAACUCGCGUAUCAACGCGUUUUCCGCCUUCCGAGCCGCCACCCAUCAUGAGGCGGUUCGGAAGGCAUAUGAGGCACUUGUUGCCGUGCGCGACCUGGCCGCUGGAGCGUUGCCGGGAACAUCAUCAUCUGUCGUUCCAGUCGAGGAGGUGGGCAUGUUCGAGUGCAAUGUCGUACAAGGCGAGAUAUCGCUGGGAAUCAACGGAUCGUCAGUUGAGACGGUUCGGCAAACGGUGUCCUCGAUCCUCGAUAGCACCUACCCUGAAGUGUCUUUCACCGUAGCAUACGAUGCCGACGGCGGCGUCAACUUGACAGUCAUCGGCCCUGGCGGUCACGCCUCGGAAAGCACCAAGGGUCCACUGGUAUUAACCAUCGAGACUUUCCGUGCCCUCUCUGGGCAGAAUGAUAUCUCGUUCUAUCUUCCAGGGAACACGACCCUAGGAGCCCUCGACAUCAUCUUUGACAUUCGCUCGCGAUACACGCACGAUAUUAACUCUGUUGUCAAUGCCGUCGGAACAGCCAUCGGCGACAAGGCAGAAGUCAUCGACACCGACACCGUCUACCCUGCCCUCGAGGUGACGCCCUUCAUCCCCUCCCUCUUCAUCGACCUAAUGAAAUCGCCCGACUUCGGCUCGCAGACGGAUUGGCCCAUUUCGACCUUCGCGCCUGCAUCCAGCGACGCAGGCUGUGUGCAAAACGCCGUCGUCGAUCCAAAGACACAUGCACUCUUGGCCACCGAUAAGGUCGUUUUUCAUCCAAAUUUCAACAUCUGCGGCCCCGGCGGCGAGUGCGCGUUCAACCAUGAACCGGACUUCCACGACGUUGCUGGAACCGAAUAUAGCUACACCCGGACGGAGGUCGUUGCCCGUGGAGCGAAAGAUCCUCCUAGUUCCGCUUCACCUUCCGUGCCUUCGCCCUUCUCAGUGCCUUCCCCACCUUGCACCGGCUCACCUCCGUCAAUCGCCCAUCCAACGCGAUGUCGAUGGGCGAUGUAG